AUAUAUUUUGGGAUUUUCUCACGUGUCCAUCUGCCAUUUGGUUACCACUUACCAAUCAUUAACGGCUAUUUUUAAGAUGGUCACUGAACUUUACACUAUCAACGAAUUGGUCACUAAACCCUUCAUCUGUAAUUGAAUUUGUUAGGAAAAUUUUGAAAUAACUACCAUUUCACAACUCUUUUGUUUCAAAUUAUCUUUGAAUUUUUUUUAAUACAAAGAGUACAAGAACCAAAUUGAAUAGAAACAUAGCUAAAAUACCCUUGUUUGGAUUUGUGAUCCUAACUAAUUUCUUGAUUUUCGAUACUUAUAACAAUUCAUUUUGAUUCUAGAUGGGGAUGAGAGCAUAUAUGCCUCUAUCCAAAGUUCAGUGACCAUUGCGUAAUAAGCCCCAUUAUUAAUAACUCCAGCUGAAAAGGGAAAGGCAUUCCCAUUUUUGCUAUAAAUCCAUACACAGCAACUCCGCCACCAUCAAAUCAAACUCCAAAACACCAAGGCACCAAAUUUGAGCAGAGUGAACAAAUGGCGGAAGUGGUUCUUCUGGAUUUCUGGGGUUCCCCAUUUGGGAUGAGGGCAAGAAUAGCUCUGGCGGAGAAAGGGGUGAAGUAUGAGUACAAGGAAGAGCAUUUACUGACUGGGAAGAAGACCCCCCUGCUUCUGGAGACUAACCCAGUUCACAAGAAGAUCCCAGUCCUGAUCCACAACGGCAAACCCAUCUCUGAAUCCCUCGUCAUCGUUCAGUAUAUCGAGGAUGCCUGGAGCGACACAGCUCCGCUGCUGCCGGCCGAUCCUUACGGCAGAUCUCAGGCCAGGUUCUGGGCUGAUUUUGUCGAUAAGAAGAUAUACGACCAGGGGAAGAAGAUAUGGGCGAACAAAGCAGGGGAAGUCCAAGAAGCAGGCAAGAAAGAACUCAUUGAGAGCUUGAAGCUACUGGAAGGGGAGCUAGGAGAGAAGCCAUUCUUUGGAGGGGAAACCAUUGGGUACGUGGAUGUGGCGUUGGUGCCUUUCUACACAUGGUUUUACUCCUUCGAAACAAUCGGCAACUUCAGCAUCCAGGCAGAGUGCCCCAAACUAAUUGAAUGGGUGAAGAGGUGCUUGGAGAGGGAGAGCGUCUCCAAAUCCUUGGUUGACCCGGAGAAGGUCUAUGUUGACCUCAUCCUGGUGCUCAAGAAGAUGUACGGUUACGAGUAGAAGAAAGGGUAAGUGAUUCUGUUUUUCACUUUCCCUAGUUGGGGGGUGGUAAAAACAAAUUUGCAAUGUGAUUUGCUUUCCGUUAUGGCUAGAGGAACUUGGUGGGGAGAAUAAGGUACAAGUACAACUGAUGUAUGGGAACAAUUUGGCAUAAAUGAAUAUGAUGAUGGAUGGUCUAUCUAGUAAGGUUGAUGUGAUAAAGCGGUUUCGGGAUUUGGCGGCUUAGGUCGGAUUUGUACGUGUUGUAUUGAAUAUGGGUUACAUACUAGCUUAUUCACGAUCCUUUCAAGAUGUGUUAAUGGUGAUCGAAGUAAUUAUCUAAAAGCUGGUAACUUAAUCUGCCACUGUCACUCUUAACUAAACGUAUAACUAAACC